CUUCUUGCUCCAAUGCUGCACUAGCAUGUGCAACAUUUACCACGGGGGUGUCAGGAAUUUCAAUCUUUGCUUCCAAAACAGGCUGGCAGACUGGGGGCCGAACUGGGGAGGGAGGAGGAUCCCCACACAGCAGGGGGUUUUUGGCCAAACACUGCACCGGCAGUAGUACACUCUUCCCUCUGAGUCCCCCGAUCUCCUCAGCGCAACAUCUCUUGUCAUGUGAAGCUGUGUUGUCUCUUUAAGUUGAAGUCCUGGACAAGAAUGCCAACGGUCCAUAAACAAAUGUUGCUUCAUUUUGGGGAAUUCUUGUGUGCCAGUGCUAAGAGCGGGAAUGCCUGAGAAAGAGUAAACGAGUGCAGCUCCUGAGACGAGGACGGCGUGGAGGAUUAUGUUGGCUGUGACGAUCACAGCAGCGCUGAUCUAUUUGGCGGUGCAGCGCUCGGGAGCCGCGGCCCUCGGCACGGCGUGCUGGGGUGAACGUCUAUCGCGAGCGGGGAGGAACAGCAGCUGCGUGGCCUCACAGCCAUUCCUGAUAUUUGGCCAUGGGAAAGCUAUUCAUCGGAUGGAUCUCGGUGGGAAGAACCAGAGGAGGCUCGUGGCUGGAGUGGGAAGCUCGAUCCUGCUCGACUUCCAUUUGAGAGAGGAGACAGUUUACUGGGCCGACAAACACACAGGGGUCAUCCACAAGGCAUCAGUGAGAGGAGCAAACAGACAGAAACUGUACUCAUCUGACAAACAUAUCUCGGGCCUUGCAGUGGACUGGGUUUGGAACCAUGUAUAUUGGACAAGUGGGGAAAAGGGAAAAAUCAAGAAAAUGGAUAUAAAUGGGAAAAACGAAAAAACUCUUUUGAGGCACUUGAGCCAACCAAAUUCUAUAAACGUUGAUCCCAACAACAGGUUUCUUUUUUGGCUGUCUGGCGGGAUGAGCCCAAGUAUCCAGCGGUCUGAUGUGACAGGACAAAUGAAAACAACACUGAUUAAGAUAGCAGAGCACCUGGGCGCCCUGUCAAUUGACCGAGAGGACAAAAGACUGUUCUGGGUUCAGUUUGGUCCACAGGGAGAAAGUGCCAUUGCCUCUUGUGAUUACGACGGCAACGGCCUGCACAUUAUUGAUCAUCCCCUUUGGUCUCAGUCACUGGCGGUAUCAGUUUUUCUGGAGCACUUGUACUACACCGAUGCGUCGUCUCGGGUGAUAAAACGAGUGAACAAGUUCGCUGGUGGAAAGCCGCUGGAUGUUAACAUGAAACAAAUGGCCAAACCCCCAGUUAGCCUCAAGGUGGUGCAUCCCCUCAACCAGCCAAUGGCAGACUCCCAAUCAUCUCCUCCAGGUUGUGACGAAAAGAGUGGAAAUUGCGUGAAUGUGUGUUCCAGUCUAGCCGAGCAAGGGACGUGCCAGUGCACUGAAGGCUUUGCUCUCAGUAUGCAAGGCUCUUAUUGUGAAGAUGUGAACGAAUGUGCACACUGGAACCACGGCUGCUCUCUUGGUUGUGAAAACAUCCCAGGCUCCUAUUUCUGUACCUGCCCAACAGGAUAUGCGCUCCUACCGGACAGGAAGACAUGUGGAGAAAUCACACCGUGUGAAGGCAAUAUGACCAAGAAGUGUGGUGACGGAUGUCUGACAGCAGACGGGGGGGCUGUCUGUGUGUGUCCUGAAGGAUCUUCACUGCAGGAGGAUGGGCAAGCCUGUACUGGCUGCUUGUCUGCAGACAGGGGGGGCUGCAGCCAGCUCUGUAUUCCCGUCAGCCCGACUGGGUGGCAGUGUGGUUGUCUGCCCGGCUACCUGCUGCACCGAGAUGGCGAGCGCUGCGUGGCCUCCGGACCUCCACCGUAUCUGCUGGUCGCCAAUCUAGUGGAUGUACGUCAAAUCCACCCUGGAGGCGCCGGGGAUGGAACCCUGGUGGAGGAUCCAAGAGGAGCUAUCAUCGCUUUGGACUACGACCCCGUCCAGAAAAGUGUGUACUUUGCGAGCGUCGGCCAGAAGAGAAUUGAGCGGGUGGAUCUGAACGGCGGGUCCCGAGACGUCCUCGUCUCCGACGGUUUGGACUCACCAGAGGGUCUUGCGAUUGACUGGAUCCACCGCAGGAUGUACUGGACGGAUAAAGGCCAGUCGACCGUCGACUGCAGCACCUUAAACGGGCAAAACAGAGAAACCCUCGUAAGCGAAGGGCUGGACAAACCGAGAGGAAUUGCAGUUCAUCCUUUGGCAAAGAGGUUGUUCUGGACUGACAUCGGGGCUCAUCCUGUCGUGGAGAGUGCCUCUUUGGAGGGGGAAGGCCGCGCCGUCGUUGCCAGAACCCACCUCGUGUCGCCGAGCGGCCUGACCAUCGAUUUCACCGAGGACCGCCUGUUCUGGUGCGACCAGAGGAGGGGCCUGGUGGAGACCGCCGCCCUGGAUGGUUCGGACCGACGGGUCCUGUUAGAGAACCAAGUAGGUCGACCUUUUGACCUUGCGGUGUUUGAGGACAGGUUGUGGAUAACGUAUCAGAAGCCCAAGCAGCUGAGGAGCGUGCACAAGCGGACUGGGAGGAAGCUGCAACGUAUCCACGGCAACAUGGUCCAACCGGCAUCCGUUGUGGUGGUUCAUCCUCUCGCUAAACCCGGGGCGGACGUUUGCCUUCACCUGAACGGAGGUUGUGCCCAGGUGUGUGAAAGCGAACUGGGAUUGGCCCGAUGCUCGUGUCUCCCACGCUACGUCCUGUCGCCCGACGGAAGGAGCUGCUCGCCCGGCUCAGCAGGAUCUGGAGACAGUCAAACCACCGAUUCAACGUUUAAUAAAAACAAAAGCCCCCCCACCGCCCCUGGGCUGUCAGCUGACGAAGCAGAGCCGGAUGUGAACUCGGAGGGAGGCAGCGAGUCGGCCCCCUUCACGGACGCCAUGGUGUCAGACCAGAACGAGUGCCACUCGCUCGGCUGUGAUGCAGACGCACAGUGCCUGCUGGGGGCCGGCAGCCCCACCUGUGUGUGUCCACAGGGUUUCACAGGUGACGGACGGCUGUGUGUGGACAUUGAUGAGUGUACACAGGGAACGCACAAGUGUGACAAAAACGCACAAUGCCAAAAUACCUUUGGGGCGCACCUCUGCAAGUGCCGGGCUGGUUACCAAGGCAACGGGAAGACAUGCCUAGAGUCGGAGGCCACAUCGCCGCGGGGGACGACCAGUCGGCCUGCUGACGUGUCCACCCGGCACCACGGUGGUAACUCGGCACAGAGCUGCCCGUCCUCCCAUGAGUCCUACUGUCUGUACCAGGGCGUCUGCUUCUACUACCCGGAAAUGGAGUCAUACGCUUGCAACUGUGCUUCAGGCUACAUAGGGGAGCGCUGUCAGUUCAGUGACCUGGAGUGGGGGGAGCUCCAGCAGGCUGAGGAGGAGCAGAGGAGGAACGUGGCCAUCGCGGCCUGCAUGAUGGCCCUGGUCUCCCUGCUCUCCAUCGCUGCCUGUGCCACCUACUGUUACGGGAACAGAACAUUCCUCCACAAACAGCCGUCUGUGGAUAAUGUGAGCGAGACCAGCGUGACAGAUGAGAGCAUGUCGGAGCCCCCCGCUACGAGCAGGCCUCGGUUGGACGUGGUCUGUCCCAGGAGAGACGUCUGUCCGUCCUGCUCUUCAGAACCAGGCGACAACCGAGCGACCGAAGAGUCGGGAACGUUGUCCAAACACAACGGAGGGUACGAGUGCUCCAUGAUGACGGCCGUUGCCGCGGAGACCGCCGUCCGCCGCUCGAGUCUGCCUCUGCCGAGCUCACAUGGUUGGACGUCUUUCAAGCCUGGAGUGCUCUCCACUCCCGGCCUGCAGCCCCUCGCCUCCUAGUUCACCAGACAGACCGACACAGCUGUUACAACGCACACACACACACACACACGGGAACAUCUGGCUGGUGUGCAAACUGCUGAAUCGAGUUUCAUUCCACGUCACAAACCUCACAAAUGAAAACAAAAGUUGUCAUUAUUUUUUGUAACUACCCUCAUCUGUAGCUGGAGGCCUCACCGGGUCAUGAAAGCUUUUAUAAGUUCGUCAUGCGCCGAAACAAAUGAUUGGGUGCAAAGGAGUCGAUGCCUAUAAAAAAAUAUAUAUAUAUAUUAGAAUAUCAACACUUCCUAAAAUACAGUAUUUGUGAAUAAAUUCUUCCCUGCAUUGACAUUUAUCUGAUGUUGUAGCUGACAAUAAGAUAAACUAUAUGUUGUGUAAAAGACAUCUACUAUUUCUUACCUAAGCAGCUAUAGCAAAGAUCUUGAAGUUAAAAGUUUUUAAAAAUGAAGCAACGAAAACUGUUAAAUCUGGUCAUAUUUUUUACAAGAAAGAAACGCUUCCAUUGCUUGCUUUUGAAAAAACAAAUAACUUUUAAUUGGUCAUAUAUCAGCUACGGUUGUAUAGCAUUUGCGCAUAAAUAUUAGGACCUUAGUUUACUUUUUAGUCUAAAUGAAUAUAUUUUGUUUAUUGCCAAAAAGCACAAAUGUGCCUUCCUUGUUUCUAAAAAGAUCUUAAUCCUCAAAUCAAAUAUUGUAAAUGCCGUUUGUGUACUAAAGUAAAAACCGCUGUUCUGGUGACAACUGAGGUGAUCUGUUAAUAAUCGAUUAGUAAGUGAUUACCAGGAGCAAAGUUAGUUUUGUUAAGAAAUGUCAUUCAUGUGUUUUCCUAUUUGUAAACUUUGUGACUAAUAUUCAUCACCAAAUUCUGAGUUCAAAUCGUUUGUCUCAUCUCCGUCAGCUCAUGGAACAAAAUGUCAUGUAAACUAUAUUAAAACCAGCAACUGAACUGA